GCUAAAUGACUAAAAUGUCAAUAUAAAUUUAGCAAUCAUACCUUUAAUCUACCCGCAGACGGCGCCAAAACCCUUCGGAUAAAACCUUGAUCGUCUGAUCCAGCAUCGGCCCGUUGUGGAUGGAGGAGAGUCUGUGCGUCGAAUACAUCAGUGAAAGAGCAGGCCAGAUUUUUUGAGUGUCUGCCUUCAGAGUGUAUGGGAAAACAACACUCAGCCUCUAUCUAAAAUGGAGAGCCACAGUGGUGACAACAUCCCUGCAUCGAAAUACAGCUCAGUGAAAUAUUACACAACGUUACCCCCCGAAAGUACACUAAGUGAACAUGGCGGGCAUUCUUCCGAGCAAGCUGGUGGUACCGAGACGAGACCGAGAAGUGGAACUUCGACGCAAUAUAUUCCAAAAGCGGGGGACCACUUGAACUUUCAGAUACCGAGAAAGAACCAAGAAAAGAUAGCGUUGUUCCAGUAUGUGUCCUCAGAGUCCAGGGAGUUUGAGGACAUCUUGACUAUUCUGUAUUCCAGCUACAGAGAAGCCAGCUCCAACGGGACGUUCACGUACACCAAGCUAAGAAUCGUCCAUAGUGAACUGCUGGAGAAGAAUUUUGUAGAGAAAAGGAGGGAGCUGAAGCUGGAUGGGAGGACAGAGAAGGAGCUGGAGGAGACCCACUGUUUCCUGAUGGCUGACACCAUCAAGCUCCCAUGGAUCUGUGAGAAUGGCCUUCUUGUGGGGCACAGCUGGAUCACAGCUCUGGGUAAUCCAGCUAAGGGUGUUUAUUUGUCUAAAUACUCAGACUUACUGCAGGUCAAUCCUUUUAAUCCUGGAGUCAUGGGAGAGAUCAUCAUAUUCAAGGUCAUCAAGGGUAAAGUAAAGAGCAUCUAUGAAAACAUGUCUAAGAACCUUUUGGACCCCACGCCCAAGUUUGACAGCCAUUUAUCCAAGAAUGCCAGCAAAGUCACAUCUCUCACCUCCUAUAGAGCCUAUGAGCUUACUCAGCAAUACUUCUAUGAGUAUGACUUUGAUGAGCUGAAGGCUCGGCCGAGGCACGUGUGCCCCUAUGCAGUGGUCUCUUUCCAGUUCAAAGGCAAAGAUGCUCUGUUACAAGCCAAGCCCAUGGCUCCCCUAAGGUCAAACAGCCAAACAUCUGCAGGAAGUAAAGGCAGGAGUAAAUACACAGUGUGGAGUGGAGAGCUGGUGAAUGAGGGUAGAGCAGUGUCCCAGGUCUCCUUCUGCUCCUUCUCUCCCCCCUUCCUGCCUUUCAAACUGCCAGAGAAGCUGGAGCUGGGUUUGGUGAUGAGUAUGGACCAGGUAACUCAGAUGAUCCCCUCAGCUCUGUUCUCCUCGAACCUGUAUGCAGACAGCCACCAAGUGUUGAAGAGUGGGACACACUGCAGCCUGCUGGAGGUGGUGGAUAAGAGCAAGUCGGGAGACAGUCUGGCAGCACUGCUUCAAGGCCUGGAGACACAGAGACUGGUUCUUGUCCACAUGUUGGCUGACAAAGGGUUCCUGUUCCUCCUCUCUUCAGUUCAGAUGGCCACUCCAACUGAAAGAAGAGAUGGGUUGAAAAAGUGCCUUAAAGCACUAUUCGUUUUUCAAGAGUCCAGGGAUGUGGCAAAAUACAGUACAAUGUGUCCAGCUACUCAGGAGCCUUUGCAGACGUCCUCCCGUGACCCCGCCAUGCCCCAGCUGAACAGCUUUGUCCCGGCCCUGCAUCACGCCCUGGUCAAGGUGCGCUGCAACCCGCCCGCCGACCUCUCGGCCGGGGUCGAGCGCCAGGCCAGGGACUACCUCAGUGGACUCCACAAUGGAAAGCUCCGCCACAUCCCCAUGACUGAAUACGACGCCAAGCUGGAUGACCGGGGGAAGCUGUUCCCAGCUCCCAAACACCACAAACUCAACAUGGAGGGCUACCUGCGCUCCUACGUCUACAACCCCAACCUCUACACCAUGCCUGUGGUCCGAGCCAAGGAGAUGGUAGAGAGUUACGGCACUGUGCCUGAUGACAACAGCCCUGUAAUGGACUGGGAGGGUAGUGGAGCCAGCGGUGACAAGCCAGUGGUAGGGUCGGAGGUAAAGACUUACGGUGCCACUGCUGCCCAGCCCCCGGUGGUCCAGGUCAACCACUCUCCCUGUCAAUCUCCCACUGUCGCCAACCCUCAGAAGGUGAAGGAGCUGAUUAACCUGAUACUGUGUCGGAGGAACGCAGAGGGGGACGUCCAGAAGAAGGGAGUGGCGCAGGGAGGACGAAAGCAGGGGGCAGGAGGGUUGGACCCCCGAGGACUGAAGAGGAAGCUGGAAAGGGAGACUGCAGAGAGGACUCUGAACUACCUGAAGAAGGCCUCACAGGAGAGGGGCGGAAGGGACAGCAGAACAGCAGCAGCUGCUGAAGAGGGCCAGAGCCCUUCUUGUCUGUCCUCUGUGAUGCUGCCGAGUGUUGGUCUGAGAGACGUGGACCUGAGGAGAGACCGCUCGGAGGCUGCUGUCAAGUUAUUAAAUAUGUUAACCAGCCUGAGUAACGCAGCAAAACAAGGGAGCUCUGAGGGGAGAGGAGGAGGGUCAAGAGAGGGGACGGAGCAGACUAAAGUUCUGCUGUUUGAUAGGAUGAUCAAGCUGGGCCUGCCACCCAAUCAGGACAUUGACCUGAGGAAACGACCUUGUAGGGGCCUGCAGGACAAGGCUGACUACUUGGAGACAGCAGGCAGCGUGAGCAGUCUGGAGGGCUUCAGCCCCAGUUCCAAUGGUGAAACGCCCAGAAGAUCACAGUCCCAAUAUCAGGGGGAAGAACAGAUACCAUGGGUCCUCAUCCCCAUCACAGGGCUGAAGUCAAAGAAGUACUGCCAGAGAGAGGAGGACAUCCCUCAGGACCCACGCUUGGUUCCCCAGAUCCCCAUGGCAAACAGCAGCCACCCCCCCUGUGUCCCGGAACGACGGGAAAGAAGCAUCAACCCUUUGUUAGAGGAGCUCCCACAGCAUAGCUUCAGUCCUCCCCUAGAGGAGUCAGAAGAGCACAGCCCCUACCCAAGCCCCUGCUCCAACCCCGGUCCCAUGGAGGAUGAUGAGCAAUUAGCUGAAAACCCCUGUGACCCCACAGAAAUAUGCGACAACCAUAAGACGAGCACAGACAAGAAGACGAGCACAAACCAGAGCUUCCUUCAAAUCCCUGUUGCUCCAGAGAGCGCCAGGCUACUAGAGAAGUGCCGCAGCCCCUUACCUGAGUCAAAGCCAGCUGGAGAACCAACCCCUACUAUCCUUAGCCCUGUGGAGGCUGGGCAGGAACAGGCUGAAGGCAGCACAGGAAACGUUAUAUCUGGCGUGGUUGCUGAAGAUCCAAGCACAAUGGAUGUUGGACAAGAGGAGGAGGGGGAGGAAGGAGAAGUAGAGGAGGAAGCAAAAGAGCUGGAGGAGAUGGACGAUGUGAUUGAAGUGGUAGAUGAGGAGGAGGAAACGGAAGAUGAGGUGGAGGAAGAAAAGGUGGAGAAGGAGACCAUUAUAAAGCAGACAGAAGAGGUGUCACCACCCUCUCCUGACCUCAGUUCUCCUGAGCAGACUCCUGUCCAAAAUCCUCCUCCCGUCCAGAGGCCCGUGCUGAGCAGAGUGGACUGUGUCCUGGACCAGCAGUUCAGCGACUUCUCUACAGAGAUGCAGAUCCUCCUGCUCAGAGAGAGUGUCCACUACAGCUCCCUCCUGAUCCCGAGCCAGAGUCUUCCAGGCCAGUCCCCCAUCCUGCCCUUCUCUGAGUACGUCUCCUUCUACAACUCGUCCCCUCCUAUGCAGGCCUACGUCAGCUCCCUGAGAGACCGCAUGGGCACCGUCAUAGACACACAAGAGCAAUGGAUUCCUAGCAUGGUGGCCACUGACCCUCCCCUGGUCUUAUCUAACAAUAACCACCACCAUGCUAACCACGUUCAUAUAACUACAUACAACGGGAACCCUUCUUCUCGUGGCCCUGUUUCUCACUCUGUCCCAAGCCCUCACCCUCCUUCCUUCCCUGUCUGCCCCUGGUCCUGCUAGUUUAAACUCUUACAGUUCUCUACCUGUGUCUCAUUCGGUCCGCAACCGCCACUCUCUUGCCCCUCCUUCUGGCCCUGGCCUUAACUUUGCUAGUUCAAACACUUACAGCUCUUUAGCAGUUUAUCAGUUUCCCUCAGCUGUGUCUCAGUUUAAUAGUAAUAAUAAGAAUAAUGUUACCACUCCCCUCUACAACAACCCACCCCAGACAGGGCUACCUAUAUCUCAGCUGAGCUCCAGUCUAGCGCCCCUCCACAUCCAACCACUGGCACUGGACAACUAGUGGACAACAACAACAACACAAACAACAACACAGAACCCUGACUCAGACUGUCGAGAGCAACUGGGAACAUGUAAGCCAAGUCCUAUGUCAAAAGCAAAUAAGUGGACAACCACAACAAAGAACACUGACUUAGAUACUCGAGGGCUACAAGGAAAGUUCAAGCCACAAACGAGUGCAAUGUUUCAAUCAAAAGACGAUGUCAUAAUUGUUGAUCCUCCGGUUUCAGCAGCCACCAUGGAGGCUCCACCUCCUCUCACUCAGAUGAUUGGGGUGGGAGGGCCUGUCCCAGGCUCAGGGCCAGCUCCGCCUGCAGUCAUCAGUAGGCUGAUCAGCCCGCUGAAGCCUGAGCUGUUCAGUAACGUUGUGGAGAUUAUAAAAGAUGUCCAGAAGAACUCAAUUCUACAUUCUACAACUCAAUUCUACAUCCACACCCAGGAGGGGGAAAGGGAGGUCUCCCACCAUAUCAAGGAGUACCUCCAGAGGUUGGGGAACGUAGAACACAGUCCUGAGAGGUUCUUGGAAAGAGAGAACCGGAUGGAAAAACGAAUGGUUCUCAUGCAGAUCAUGGAAAUCGCAGCUCACGUUCAUAAGCUGAAAGACGACGUCCAGAGCGUACCCACGAUGUUGGACAAUGAUUGAAGUCAAUAAUGAGAUGAUGUGCAAAUACUUUUCAGACAACGUUUCUUUUCUGGGCUGGGUUUUAUUUGAAUGUUGCUAUCCACCAGCAUGGCAUUAUUUAUUAAUCAGAAACACCUGCAAAUGUUCUUCCUCUUUACGAGUCGUGACUGAGGUGAGCCAAACAGACUUUGGACAUCCACUUUGGGUGCCUGAGCCAUGGAGCAAAUUUUAAAAUAGGGGGUACAAACGUAUGUUUUUGCACCUACACAUUUUUACCAGAUAAUUAUCAUAAUCCACUGAAUAAUUUGUUAAUUGUCUUUAAUUUAUUUUUUGGACCAGUUUUUUAUUUGCUUUGUCAUUUUUUGGGUUGGGGGAGUUACAGGUACAAUAUUCAUGUCGCUUUACACAGUUUAUACCACAUGUACCCGUAGGUUGCCACAAUUAUUUUUUAUUUUAGACAUACAGAGAAAUGUUCAUAUUGAUCACACAGGAUUUUGUAAUAAUAAAAUUGGUAUGUAAAGAAAAGAGAAACAAAGAGAGGUGGGCCUACACCCCCAACUCCCCACAACCCGGAAACCAUGAAUUCCACCCCUUCCCACCCCACAUAGCAACACAUGUAUUCCACCCCUCCCGUCGACCAGAGAAAACCCUCCCCAUACCAUCCCUUCUCUGUGGGCCUGAAAGCAAAGAAAUUAAAACGAAAAUGAAAAUAGG